ACCCGGGAGUCCCUGUAUGAGACGGUGCCCGUGCCAGGAUCUGAAGGACAUUCUGUUUGGUAGACUAAGGAACCUGCGUGUUUUAAUCCGUGAGGCUGUGGUCAGACCCUUGAACUUGAGACCUGCUAACCUGCUAAAUUGCUUGGGUGCAGGCUUUAAUGGACGGCUUUGGUCUCCCUCGGCCACCUGCCCUCCCUGAAGGGCCAAGGAGCAUCCUAAACCCUCAGGGCCCUCAUCGACCUCUUCUGCUCCAAAUUCAAGGGGAGGGCUUAAAAAAUUCCCCGCUUGCUGGUGUGGUUUCAGAAUGUCAAGUACCGUGGCCUACUGGAUCUUCAGUUCUGCAAGAAACCGCAUUGCUACAUUACAAGGCGGCAGACGCUUAUACUCAAGAGUUGUCUCAAAUAGGAAUCAGUUGAAAUGGAGACUCUCUUCUCCAUCACUUCCCGAAAUAAAAAACAGUUCCCCGUGUGGUGGCUUCACUUUACAGAAAGCCUACAGACACACAUCAACGGAGGAAGAGGAUCUCCAGUUGCAGCUUAGCCCUGAGCAGGUAAAUGAAGUCCUUCGAGCUGGUGAGUCUGCCCACAAGGCUCUUGACUUCAACAGUGGAGUCCCAAAUUCAGUGUUACGCUUUGAGAGCAACCAGCUGGCUGCCAAUUCCCCAGUGGAGGACCGACAAGGUGUAGCCUCCUGCCUGCAGACCAGUGGGCUGAUGUUUGGCAUCUUUGACGGACAUGGUGGUCAUGCAUGUGCACAAGCCGUGAGCGAGAGGCUCUUCUACUACAUGGCAGUGUCCCUGAUGUCUCACCAGACCUUGGAGCAGAUGGAAGAAGCAGUGGAAAACCUGAAACCCCUGCUGCCCAUCCUGCAGUGGCUCAAGCACCCAGGGGACAGUAUCUACAAAGAUGUCACAUCAGUGCAUCUGGACCACCUCCGUGUCUAUUGGCAGGAACUGCUUGACCUGCACAUGGAAAUGGGCCUGAGUAUUGAAGAAGCAUUAAUGUAUUCUUUCCAGCGACUGGAUUCUGACAUCUCACUGGAAAUUCAGGCCCCCUUGGAAGAUGAGGUAACAAAGAACUUGUCCCUCCAGGUUGCUUUCUCUGGAGCAACAGCUUGCAUGGCCCAUGUCAAUGGGGUUCACUUGCAUGUGGCAAAUGCUGGUGACUGCCGGGCUAUCCUAGGUGUUCAGGAAGACAAUGGUAUGUGGUCCUGUCUACCUCUCACCUGCGAUCACAAUGCCUGGAAUGAGGCCGAGCUGUCCCGGCUUAAGAGAGAACACCCUGAGUCAGAGGACAAGACACUCAUCAUAGAUGAUAGGCUGCUGGGCGUGCUCAUACCCUGCAGGGCCUUCGGGGACGUCCAGCUGAAGUGGACUAAGGAGCUUCAGCGUAAUGUCCUAGGGAGGGGCUUUGAUACUGAAGCCCUCAACAUUUACCAGUUCACCCCACCUCACCUCUACACUCCACCCUAUCUGACUGCCAAGCCUGAGGUUACAUACCACAGGCUGAGGCCCAAGGAUAAGUUCCUUGUGCUGGCUUCAGAUGGCCUGUGGGACAUGCUAGGCAAUGAGGAUGUAGUGAGGCUGGUGGUGGGGCACCUGUCCAAGGUAGAUCGCCACAAGCCAGACCUAGCCCAAAGACCAGCCAACUUGGGCUUCAUGCAGAGUCUGCUGCUGCAGAGAAAAGCCAGUGGACUUCAUGCAGCUGACCAGAACGCGGCCACACAUUUGAUCAGACAUGCCAUCGGUAGCAAUGAGUACGGAGAGAUGGAGCCAGAGCGGCUGGCUGCUAUGCUGACAUUGCCAGAGGACGUGGCAAGGAUGUACCGAGAUGAUAUCACUGUCACUGUGGUGUUUUUUGACUCAGACUCUAUUGACGCAUAUUACAAGGGGGGUUAAGAGUCUCCCAUCCUGUUGCCAGUGCUAAGAUAAAUGAGGUUUAAAACAUUUUUACUUAACUCUAAAUGAGCUAUUCAAACCUCUCUACUACAAGAACAGGCAGAUACAGGUUGUUGAAUCAUUAGCAUGAGAAGGGGGGAAAGCUGCCUAGUUGUAAAAACAGUAGCAGUGAUUUUAUGUCCCUGUGUCUAUUGGCCAACUCUUCUAUGUAGAAGGCACAGAAUAAAGGUUAUAGAAUUGGCUUGGGCUCAUGUAGCUCACAUCCUUUAUAAAAACACAUAAAUUGUGUCAUCCUGUGCUGUUAAAGGGUAAGUUUUAAUUAUGAGUCUAAGAAUAAAGAACUUCAGGGACUUCUGAGAUCCAGUGACAAAAAUCUGCCAAUGUGAUAAUUUUGAGUUACGCACAACUUCUAGGCUAUGGAGUUUGUUUUGCUGUUUAAUUAUAGAAGCCUAGGUUUACAAAGCAUACUACAGUACACUUUUCUAUGCAAUAUUCUAACUUUUUGUGUAUGGUUAUUUUUGUGAAGACAUUGUGUAAUACGAGAUUCUAGUUUUAGUUUAUUUUCAAGCCGAAUCCUCAAACUUGCAAGCCGGCCCCACUGUAAGUGUGUUUGGGACCUCUCCUCUUGUUUCUCAGCUGAAAUUGAGAAGGAUCUAGGCCUAUGGACCUGCUGAAUUUAAUUGUGUAGUAUUUGGUCCCCUCUACUGAGCCCCACUCCUGGACUUUUGAGCCAUACUAGGAGACAGUUUAUAUCGAAUUCCCACCUCCAGGCAUUUCUGCUUAGUAAAAUGUUCCCCCUAGGCUUCAGGGUUACUGACAGCAUUUAGCCUUUCUGAUUAUCUCUCUAAAUCACUCUUUAAAGCCAUCUGACACAAUCCUUCUACCUCUGCUAUGCUGCUCAGCCCCACCCUUCUGCUACUGGAAAAUCUGUCACCUGUCCCCUCUUCAAAAAGUUGGAGGAAAGGAGACAUUGUGGUCACAUGGUAGUUGUGGUUUUGGACAUUUGGGCAAGCCAGGCUUAUUCGGUGGUUUGUGGAUUUAAGCUUUAGCUUGAAUCGGGAGAAAUGAAAUUAUGAUGGGCCUAAAGAGAACAGCGACAAGCAGAUGCUCUCCUCUCUGUAGCUUGAGAGGGAGGAGUGAGUCUUAUCAGAUGGGAUACCUGCCCUUGACUUUUACGAAUUGCCAUUGCAUGCCUCAGAAAUUAAACCAUAUUUAGUAUGAAAGUUGGGCAAAAUUAAAAAUACAGCUUGUCAUGUUUUCAUGGGCCACAGAGUCUUUGUAUUUACUUGACAAUUAACCCAUAUGGAUCCUUUUGGAGGGUAUAAAUUUUCUCUUCUCAUGAAUGGUUAUAGCAUUUAAAUAGCAGGAAAUGUGUCCCUAAAUGGAAACACAUUUUUUUUUUUUGAGGUAGGGUCUCAUUCUAGCCCAGGCUGACCUGGAGUUCACACUAUAGUCCCAGGCUGGCCUCAAACUCAUGGCAGUCCUCCUACCUUUGCCUCCCAAGUGCUGGGAUUAAACAUAAUUUUUUUGUGGGAUUAUUUCACAAAACUGCUUCAGUUUUCCUUUACUUCAUCAGAUGAAACUCAGUGUAGGUAAACUAAACUAGCUCAUUCCUUUCUUCCUCUUACCCCUCCUCCAGAGCCAUUCACAGCAUACCAGAAACCUAGGUUUGAUUCCUCACUUUUCAUGAUUGACAUUCAGUCAAGAGUUGGGACCAUUCUGUACAUUUUCCAGUGUGUCUGAUGAGUGAUGUGGCUUCAUGUAAGAAAGACUCUUUUGGGUAAUUCACCUUAGUCCUUUUUCUCACAGACUUAGACCUUCACUUAAAAAUAAACUGUGAGCCCCAGCUACCCGACCCUAAGGAGAUUGAAGUAGGAGGAACCUAAAUCUGAGGCCAGCCUGGGCUACACAGUAAGCCCUUGCCUCAAAACCAAGAAGCCGGCCAACCAUGUGAACCACUGCCAUUCUGCUAACAUAAAGGCUUGUGCAAAUGGAGAACUCUAUUUGUCUAACAUUUUAUGUUUUUCACUCCAGCAAAACCCUGGAGUUUACUUGAGCCUUAACUGGCAUACAGUCACGUGCCUGUGACUUUGGAGCCUGGCAUGGGUCAUAAAUGUAUCUGAUUCAGUAAGAUCUGCUUCAGUUGAUAGAGUACAGACUUCCCACCUGUGUCUCCAAGCAGGUCUGUGUUUCUUCAUUGUCUAAUAGAUGUCCCUGCUAUCGAGUUGACAUUGAAGAGAAGAAAGACCAAUUUAUUGCCUGCCUUUUUUCCCCUCCCACCGUGAACUCUCAGUUCUUGCUGUGCUUGUUCCAGAGAGCCUUGCCUCUGUGGCUAAAUGCCAGUGGGUCUGGCUUGCUGCCACAGAUCUUGGCAGUGACCUUCUUGAAGCAAAUGGGCUUCUGCUUUGGGACACUGGGAUAGGAAAGGAGUAGUGGUCCUUGUCAGUUCUUCCAGCACGAUUGCCAUUUCUUUCAUAGAGAUUUCACUCUGCAGACUUCUUGAACCAUUGCAACAGGGACAUUGACUAAUAUUUUAGAUGUAACUUUUGAAGUCAAUAUGCUUUGGUGCUUAAAAUGACAUUUAUGACAUUUGGUAAGGAACUGAUAACAUUGGCAUGCUUUAUGUAUUUUAUGUGUAAAUAAUACAGUGCUGUUGAUUUUGGAAAUUGUUAAACAUAUAAGAUAGUAUUCUGAGUUUGAAUUAGUAUGUCAGCUCAAAUUAUUGAGAUUCAGUUUUCUGAGAUGUUAUUUGUAACGUUAAAGCUAAUUUAUUAUAAAGUAAACCUUGAGGUAUUUUAAUAUAUAGACAUUUUCCACAGAAGUACAUGUAGCUUAAGAACUUUUGGUGUUAGGCACAUUGGGCAAAACUCAGUUGAGACACAAUCAAGUUGGCACUUUUUAAAUGUAAGUGAAAUGUAAAAUGCUUUAACUUGAGUUAAAGAAGAGUACAACAGCAAAAUAGAGUAUAGCAGCAAAAUGCAUUCUGAAGGAAGCUGGCUCUAUUCUUUGGCCCAUUGCCUCUGGUGACCCGUCUUCAUCUGAUGGCUUUGGGGAAGCUGUGGCUUCCCAGGUCAAACUAGAAUAUUCUGGAUCUGAGCCAUCCUAGUUUCAUCAGUAAGUGCUUUGUUUGUCUUUGAAACGUGACUUGUGCAGAAGAAAGCCUGCCGUAGCUGCGGAUGUGAAGGAUCAAGGCUGGUGGCACAGAAUGUGACGCAAGCUGCCACGUGCAUAGCCGGGAGGAAGGCGUGUGUGGGCUGCUGUGUAACCAUCUCCAGAGCCAUCUGAGCCUCUGUCCCUUCCUCCUUGGGUACCUUAUACCUAACUUGCCACCUGAAAAAUAAUUUUUAGCAAGCAUUUUCUUGGAACAAUCAUUAACUUUAAUCUUUAAUAAUUACUGGCAUUUGUAUUUUAAGCUGUGUACCAGUGUUCGUAUUUGACACUGAUUUUCUAACUGUUAAAGAUAUUCAAAGAAAACUUCUAAAUAAAAGAGGUAAAUAAAAUUCGCUUUCCUG